CAACUACCAUACUACCAAUCGCAAAAAUGAAAAUGUUACUAUGUAAUGACAGACUAUUCUAUGCCGCCUGAUCUAUGUUAUUCCAUGGUAAUUGGUAAUCUACAAACAAAAACUUAAAUUGACUGUUCUUGACUGUUCUGUGCUUAAAAGUUAAACUUCCCUGCUGUUUAACAACAUUUAACACUAAUAAAAUAAAAUGAUAAAAUGUGUAGCCAGAGAUGAUCUGCUGUGACGUAUUACGUAGCGGCGAAACUCUGUGAGGAUUAUAAUUUAUAAAAUAACAAAUACUCACCAUCCAUGUUCACUUUACCAAGUUGUGCUAUAAUUCUAAGUAUAAUGUGAAGAAAGUUGAGGAGAAAAUUGGGUACAAAAAGAGAGGCAUUGACGACUACUGGUACGUACUAGGUAUCUCUAAAACUGAAAACAAUCGCCUGCCCAACAGUCGAAUAAAAGAAAAUAUAUAGAAGAAACAACGACAAAUCGUGCUUGUGGCUAAGAGUCUGUUUUGAAAUAAGUAUCUUUUACAACUUUGAAUUUCUACAAGAAACAUCAACAUGACACUGGUGGAGUUCUUUGGUUGCACUUUUUUGGCCUUUGGACCACCUUUUGCAAUGUUUUUAUUUACCAUCGCACAUGAUCCUGUAAGGAUUAUAAUACUUAUAGCUGCAGCAUUCUUUUGGUUAGUGUCACUAUUACUGUCAUCAUUAUGGUGGUACACUGUGAUACCUCUAAGAAAGGAUCUUGCCUUUGGUGUAGUGUUUUCAGUGCUAUUCCAAGAAAUAUUUCGUUACAUUAUAUACAAGAUUAUACGCAAAGCGGAAAGUGGGCUCAAGAAGAUAACAGAUGAUAGUACACAACUUAUUGAAAACAAACAUAUCUUGGCAUAUGUCAGCGGAUUAGGUUUUGGAAUAAUUAGUGGAGCAUUUUCUUUAGUAAAUGUUUUGGCUGAUUCAAUUGGCCCUGGUACCAUGGGUCUGAAGUCUGGAAAUGAAAUGUUCUUCAUGACUAGUUCAGCUACUGCUUUGUGCUUCAUACUCCUGCACACAUUUUGGGGUGUGAUCUUUUUCAAUGCCUUGGACAAUAAUAAUAAAUUACAUGUAGGAAUUGUGGUCGCAUCACAUCUUUUAACAUCUUCCAUUACAUUAUUUAAUCAUUUUCAAGUUGCAUCUGCAACGCUUAUACCGUUAUAUUUUAUUGUUGUUUUGACCGCUGUAUUUGCCUUUAAAAUUGCAGGAGGUUCUUAUGCUUCCUGUAAAAGUUGUAUUAGUUUUAAAUAAUUAUGAUCCAUAGUCAUUAAUACAUUUAUGCAUUAGUUCAGUUAUUGUUUGUUUUCUUUUUUCUGAUAAAUUUAUACUGUCAAUGUAAAUAUUAAUUUAGUCUAAUAAAUUAUUUUAAUUUGCCAA